UUGAACUCCACAAUCUACCGUAUUCGAGCUACAGUAAUCUACACCGACGACACUGAAUCUGAACCAAGUGAAUCAACAACAAUUUCAAUUCAAGAUUUAAAAUCAACCUCCCCAUUGAUUCUCGACACAAAAAUUCUCUCGAAUUCUACCGUACUUAUCACUUUUUUGCCUGGGCAAAGUAUGAAAAAUGUCGAAAAUUACACAGUAUCCUAUCGAAUAAUGCCACUAGGAAUUUGGGAAACAUUUGAUUUUUUAUCGGAUGAAACAGGAACUUUUAUGUUAGAAGAUUUGGAACCAAAUAUGCAAUAUAAAGUGAAAAUGAGAUUGAUGUCAGGAAUCGGAACAGAAUCGAAUUCAGUUUUAUUUAUUACAAGUACAGCAGGUUAGUAUGUUAGAAAGAAAUUGAGAAAACAUUCAACAAAUCGAUAAAUUUUGUAGCAUUGGCAACAAUAAAAAUGGAACCUUCUCAAGAAAUAUCGCUGGAUCCAAAUGACAAAGAAAAAUUAAUUAUAAAAUGUACAGUAACCUCAACUCAACCUUGCACAGUAUUUUGGAAAGUGAACUCUGAACCAGUUCCGAAAGACACAUCUGUCUAUAAUAUUAAAACUCAAGAAGAAGAUAAGGGAAAGUAUUUUUCAACGAUUGAGACAAAAACGAGGUUGGAACAACAUUUUUAGCUGCCAAAAACACGUUGUUUUCCAGAUCUCGUUCCGCACUUUAUACUUGCGUCGCCAAAAAUGACGCAGGCGAAACAUCGCAAAAUGUAACUGUAACAAUAACUGGACCCGGAAGCCCGCCAACUGAAAUUGGAUUGAAAGCUGAAAAUGAUGGAUAUACAGUAACUUGGAAACCACCAUCUGUGAAAAAUGGAAAAAUUGUGGUUUGUUUUUGCGAAACUUUUAUAAAUAAUCAAAUUGUGGUUAUAGAGAUACAUCGUGUACUUUACAACUCAAAGUUUUUUGCCCGUGCAGUUUUGGGAAAAACGAGAUUUGGAUGGAGAACAAUUCUCAACACAUAUUCCAUUUGUAACAACUGAGGGAUUUUUUGUUAGAAUUCAAUCUGCGAUUCGAAGUGGACCUGGAAUAAUUUCAGAUAUUGUUGGAUUGGCGCCAAAUGGUGGGUUUUUAAAAAAAAUUCCAAACUAACAAAAUGGUAUUUUGGAAAAAGUUUUGAAAUUUCAGAUUUUUCUGAAAUUCUUCAGACUCUAGAGUUUCUUUUUCUGGAAAUAUUUAUAUUAAAAUUCCCAAUUUUUUCAGCCUCACCAAUAAAAAUAACAAUGACAAUCGACGGAAAAUCUGUAGAAUCUGCAAUUGUCGAACCUCGAACCGAUGUUGAAAUAUUUUGCGAUGGCACCGGUUUUCCCAAACCUUCUCUGUCGAUGGCAAAAAGUCAACAGCCAAAUCCAAAAAACGUUGAGGUACAGUAACUAAUUAUUUUAUUCUUUCUAAAAUCACAGAUCUUUCAGCCAGAUGCUUGGAUUCCAUUGAAAGAAAACGAGGGAAUUGUAGCGAAAAGUAGCAAACUUUUAGUUUACACAUCAAAAUUUGUGCACUGUCGAGGAAAAAAUAAUUUUGGAUCAAACUUUUCGACGAUAGAACUUGUCGUGGAAAGUGAGUUUUCAGUGUUAACAACCAAGUAAAUUUUAAUUUCUAAUUUUUAGAACCUGGUGAUGCUCCUUCUGAAAUUCAAGUUUUGAAUAUAAACCCGUUGGAUGCUACAGUUGUUUGGAAAAAUCCACAAUUUCCAAAUUUGCCUAUCACAGUAUGUAAUUUUCCUAACCACAGAUUCACUAAACUAAUCAUCCACUUUAUAGCGUUUCACAAUUCUGAUCUCAAAAGAAACAACUGAUGAUUUGAACACGUGGCAACCAAUUACACAUGAAGUUCAAAAUGAAACAUUUGCCCAAGAUCAAAAACAUAUUUAUCAACAAACUAUCAAUAUUCAAAAUCUUGACAAAUCUUCAACAUAUUUUGUUCGAGUUCAAGCUGAAAAUCGAGCUGGAGCAGGGCCAGCUUCGAAAGCAAUUCAAUUUAAUACAACAGAUGGAGGACCAAAUGUUCCACCAGAAAAUGUUCGAGUUAUGGCAAAUGAAGCUAAUUUGGUACAUAUUUUAUGGGAUGCACCCAAAACACCGAUCAAGAUUACGGUUAGAUUAUUCUCCAAUUUAUAACGAAUAAUUUUUGUAUUCUUUUUUUCAGGAUUAUGCAAUUCACUACACUCGUGAUACGGCUGAAGAUGAUUACAUAAAAUGGCAAAUUGUAUAUGUUCCAAGUAUUGAAGGUGAAACUUCAUAUCGGAAAAAGUUGGAUUUUUCAAUUUUGGCACCCAAAACGUUUUAUCGUUUCCGUGUUAUUCCGAGAAAUUUAUUUGCCAAUGGAACUCCCAGUCCACAAGUUCAAUUUGAGACUUCUAAACGUAAGACUUUUUUAUUUGAAAAAUCGCAUUAUUGAAUUGUUUUUAAUCGUUAAAAACAAACUUUUUUCUCACUAAUUGAACAAAAUCUUAAUUUAUUGGAAAAAAUUUCUAAUUUUCUGAAAUUUCAUCCAACAUUUUAGAAAUCCCAAUUCCAACUGAUCUCCAAAUUGAAGUCAACAAGGAUAACUCGGUGGAUAUUCAUUUUGAGGCGGCGAAACAGCAAAAUGAGCGAUUUGAAAAAUAUGUUGUAAGUUUGUCGACUUCUCCAGUUGGAGCUGAACUUUUGGAUGAAACAAAAUGGACAAAUAUUCGAGCAAAUGUUGAUUUUGAUGAGAUUAAUUCAAUGGUGAGUUGAAACGUUCAAUGCUUAUUUUCAAAUCUGAUGAAAAUUCUUGCAGGUUCAUAUCAAAAUCCAUGGGGAUGAUCUACUCAAAAAUCAAUCCUACAAUGUUCGAAUUUGUCCAACAAAAAAUGAUGUGGAUUGUGUAUUGAAAAUGACUUGGUCACCAAUCGCUCAGUUUAAGACAAGUCAUGGAAGUAAGGCCCGAAAACUCUGUAUUCAGAAAAAAUCUGAAUUUUUAUAGAAAUUGAAACAUUGGCAUAUUGGGAAGCUUUAGAAAAUGAGGGUGUUUUGAAGUUUGAUCCAGAUUUGAAUGAGAAAAUUGAAGUUUCUUGUGUGGCGCGCGGAAAUCCAAUUCCGAAAAUCACAUGGAGCUGGAAUAAUUCGAGUUUGGGAGAUGAUUGGGAAAUCAAGGAAGAAAAUAUAAAUGCAAAUCAUCAACGGUAGGUUACUGUAGGAUAUGAGAAAAUUAAUAGAACAUUUUUCAGAGCCACCGCAAUUCGAUCUCAUCGAACUGAAUCUGGUCAAUUAACAUGCCGUGCUGAAAAUGAAGAAGGCAACGCUGAAACUUCACUUGAUAUUAUAAUAAGUGGUCCAGGAAGUCCACCAACAUUUGUGAAUAUCACAUCCUAUCAAAAUGAAAUUCGACUUUCGUGGCGAGAACCUGAAAUUUCGAAUGGAGAAAUUGUGAGAUAUGCGAUUUAUGUGACAAAAGAUAAAGAUGAAGAGGAUUUAUCUGAUUGGCAUAAAUUUGAAACUUCCGAAACACAAUGGGAUUUUCCAAAUUUCGGAGCUGAAACUGAACAUUUCAUUAGGUUUCAAGCUUUUUCGACAAAUGGAGUUGGAAUUAUUUCGGAAAUAUAUAAUGUGACAAGUGAUGAAUAUUGUGAGUUUCGUUAUCAGAAAAUUGUGAAAAUGAAAAAUCAAAUUUAGAUGAAUCGAUAACUCUUGAAAUUUUCGAUUCUAAUGAAUCUGCAAAUUUCGAAGCUGAUCCGAAUGAAACAAAAGAUCUUAUUUGUCGAGGAUCUGGAAAACCAAUACCCCAAAUAUUCUAUAAAUUUGAAGAUGAAGAAGACGAACAAAAAAUCGAUGAUUCUGAACUAAUAAUUAGGAGAGGUGGAGAUGAAUUUGAAGCAAAAUUGCCAGCAAAAAGUUCGAAGAAAAAUUUGACUGUAGAAUGUUGGGCUAAGAAUAAAUAUGAAAUUGUGAAAGAUGAAAAAACAAUUUUUGUGAAAUGUGAGUUGUCCAGAAGAUUAGAAUUAGGAUGAAUCGUAGAACUGUCUCCUAUCGAUAUCAUUUGAAAUCUUCACAAGUCAGAUUCAUCUUCUCAUGGACAGAAAUUCUAAAUCUAUCAAUCAUAACCUAUUUUCAGUGCCAGGAGAUGCUCCAAAAAACUUAAAAUGGUGGUUUGAGGAAAAUAACGACACUCAUAUUUUCUUCAGUUGGGAUCCUCCAAAAUAUCCAAAUGGUUUCAUUGAAAAUUAUUCGAUAUAUAUUGGACCAUUUGAAAUGAGAGUUUCUGGUCCUCCAGCAAGAUAUGGCGAAGUUUUGCCCAAUAUUAAUUUCACAGUUCGAAUCGCAGCUAUAAAUGAAUAUGGAAUGGGUGAAAAAUCGAUGCCGGUUUUUGUGACAACACCAAAUCGUGGACCAAAAACACCGCCUGUUGUGAUAAAAAUUGCACAGGAAAAUGAAGAGACUUCGAGAGUUUAUGUGGAAUGGAUUGGACCAACAAAACCUAAUGGAAUAAUACAAUAUUUCACAAUUUAUACAAAACGAAAAGGCGAUGAAUUCAUUGAAUGGCAGGUUUGAUUUUUCGAAGUUUUGGUUUGGAGGAUUUUAGAAACCUCUUUUAAAAAUUUCAGAAAACUACACAUCAAUUCAACGCAACUUCUACAAUUUUUGAUUCUUCAGCUGGUUUUGAUGAAAACGUGGAUUAUGAAUUGAAAAUGACCGCAACAAAUGAGAGAUUCGAAUCUCCAUUUUCUGGAAUUCAUGUUUUUCGAAUAGGAAACAGUUCUGACCAAGAAGAAAUUCAAAAUUCAAACGAGAUCCUUGAAUUUUCAGCAAGUUUUAGAGAUGAUAAAAUAGAUGUUGAGAUUUUUGGAAAUUCAUCUAACUUUGAUGAAUUUUUGGUGAAAAUUUGGAGAAAUCAGACAAAUUUAUUGGAGCGGAAAAUGAAUGGAGAUAGGAAAUUCGAAGUGAAAUUAGAAGAAAACGAUAAAGAGUUAGUUGUUUUGUAUGAUUUUCGAAAAAACUGUCUUUCAGUCUUGAAAUCUCGAUUACUGGAAUUCGCAACAAUUUGGAAAUCAUUACAUCGGAUAAAAUCAUAAUUUCAAGUCAAAAAUCAUUGAGUGAGAAUUCGGAUUUGUCUGAAAACUCGCCAUCAAACAACACAAAUGUGAAAGAUAAACGAUAUCAGAUUAAAGAACCACCAUUAUGA